AUGGCAGGCGGCAAAGAUUCCAAAGGAUCGCCUGCAUCAGGGUCUAGUGUCAAUGACCCUGUCUACUCACAGCAGACAUCAUCCCCAGCAAAACCAGCAGCUCAAGCGUCAGCACAAAACAAGGCUUCUGGAGGCCCGAAACCAGCAGAGGAUCCGGUGUAUUCACAAUCCGCUGCAGUGUCAAGCAAGAGCCAGAUCAAUGACCCAGUCUAUGCGCAACCACAGUCUGCUCCAUCCACGCCAGGUGGCCAAGUCCUUGGACCCGGAAAGGGGUCUAUCUCCCCAGCUACAGAUCCAGUCUAUUCACAACAGACCCAAGCAACCUCGAGACUUCAACAACUCAAUUCUCAAGUUUCUCCUUCUCAACCUGAGCCUCAAGCCAACACAAAAAAGACUCGAAAGUCAAGAAAGUCAUCAAAAGGUGCCUCAUCCGAUGAACCUCCCGGCGACUACGCCGACAUCAUGGAGCACAUCAGCACGCUCAAAAAGAUUGCCAACACUCCUGACCCCAAUAACCGAGGCUACACACGCCAGUUGACAUCUGGCAAACUUUGGGCUCGAGAACGUAUUGCUCAACUGGUCGAUCCUGACUCAUGGCGUGAAAUUGGUUCCAUCACUGGUACCGUCACAUGGCGAACUGAUCCCAACAACCCACAACGCGAACACAUUGACGCCUUCAUUCCUUCCAACAAUCCCCAGGGAUUUGGACGAGUCACAUGUGCACGAACUGGCCAAACGCGACAGGUCUAUUUGACGGCUGAUGAUUUCAGCAUACGAGCAGGACACGCCGAUGGUGCGACCAUGAUCAAGACGGUCCACGGGGAGAAAUUGGCCUUGAAGAACAAGAUCCCUGUAAUCAAGCUCGUGGACGGGUCUUCUGGUGGUGGCAGCGUCAGCACCAUCAAAACCCAGGGGUACUCCUACAUUCCCCAUGUAGUCUUACUCUCCACGGUGGUCAAGCAACUGAACGCGGGUAUCCCUAACCUGGGCGCCGUGGUUGGUCCUGCCAUCGGUCUCGGUGCGGCACGAGUAGUCAGCACACACUUCAGUGUCAUGGCUGGCGAUAUCGGAUCGUUGUUCAAUGCAGGCCCCAAGGUAGUGGAAGGCGCCACCUUCGAAGAAGGCCUCAGUUUCUCGGAUCUGGGAGGUCCUGGUGUCCACUGCACCAACGGCACCAUUGACAACCUCGCGGCCAAUGAAGCCGAAUGUUACGAACAACUUCGGACCGUCCUUGGCUACCUACCCGACUGUGGCGAGCUGCAAGCCCCACCAACGUCCAAGUGCCUUGACGACGUCAACCGCGAGGACAUUGCCUUGCGCAGCAUCAUCCCUCGCCGCAAGGCUCGCAUGUACAAUCCCUACACAAUCAUCGAGAGCGUGGUGGAUCGCGGCUCAUGGUUCGAGAUUGGUCGUUUAUGGGGCCGCACUGGCAUCACCGGUCUUGCGAGGCUUGGAGGGCGACCGGUUGGUAUCCUGAGUAACAACUGCGAGGUCAACAGUGGCGCACUGGAUGCCUUGGGAAGUCAGAAGUUGUUGAAGAUGAUCAAGUUUUGCGAUGUGUUCAAUCUGCCGAUUGUUCAAUUCGUCGAUGUCCCUGGCUACGCCAUUGGCACCGUGGCCGAACGCACCGCGACGAUGAAAUGGGGCGUUGAACUCGGCAAAGCAUACUAUUCCACUACCACACCGAUCUUCUCCGUGAUAACACGACGCGUUUUCGGCGUAGCAGGCGGAAUCAUGCUCGACUCCCGCGACCCAAUCCAACGAAUUGCCUGGCCAUCCGGAAACUGGGGCUCGUUGCCACUCGAUGGUGGAAUCGAAGUCGGUCAUCGAUUCGAAUUGAAACAGAUCCGUGACAAGGAAGGCGAGGAAGGUUGGAAGAGACGAUAUAAGGAGUUGGAGGAUGAAUAUAUCCGACUCAUGAACCCGGUACGGACUGCUCUGCCGUAUAAUGUCGAGGAGAUUGUGGAUCCCAAAGAUACAAGAAAGAUUGUGUGUCGUUGGACACGUGAGAUGUAUGGUGUGGUCAUGCAGGAGAGAUUGGCGGCACGCCAGAGUGGGAGAUUGCAUGCUGUUUUCACUUGAUCGUGGGAACAAGGAUCUGUGGGUUGUGUAUUGUCUGGUAGAGAAAUCGUCAGCUCAUAUGCCUUUGCAGGCAGAGCAAACAGACAUAGACGACGUAGAUGUAAAUAGGU